CGACCAUGUUGACAGAGAAGUACAACAAAGGAGACGAGCUGCUUGUAGUGACAUUACACACUUUCUAAAAACCACACGGAUAAACCAUUCAUUCACAUCAGAUAUAACGAAGCAUACAGCAUCGACAAAAAGCAAAGGGUUGCACAGGUGUGGGAAUAACUGGAAGACGACACCGUAAAGGAUCUACUACUCCAUACCUCCCAUUUACACAUACCCUACUCACUUAUAUUCAAAACUAUAUCUCUGACUACUCAGCAAGCAUAGACUUGCAAGCUUAAACAGAAGAUUAUUUAAGGAACUGAAGGCAAUACUUGUGUUUGGUCCUAUUUGGCCUUUGGACUGCAGUCAUCCUGACGUGUUGCAUUGUCUAUGAACAUUCCCAAUUUUGAAUGUGUCUGAUUCAACCCUCAGAUGCUGUGGAGUGAAUCUUGCCCGCCAGACAAAUGUAUAGAUGAACUGAAGCUGGACUGUGAUCUAAACAGGAUAUCAAAUCAUUUAAAUGCACAAGAACAAAUCUGUUUAAGUAACUAUUGCAAAAGUAAGACAAAGACAAAAUUAAAGUCAUUCUUGUCAGAAGAGCAGUAUUUAUGCUAAAGGUCUUUCCUUAGUUCAGAUUGCCUUAGCUGUUCUUUUGCAGGACUAGUCAUCAAUCACACCUGUUCAGGUAUAAUUUUCUAUACUGUGUUCAGGUGUACUAUAUUUAUGCACAUAAAUAUUUAUUUAUCUUCUUUUGGAAGAGCUUUCCUGUUAAACCUUCUUUGACAGCAGUUGCUCUUAUUUAAAGAGAUAAGCUGUACAUUGAGUUUGUAAAUAUCUCAUAAGAUUCUUUAUUGAAGAUUUUUACUGAGACCUUGUGGACACUGUAAAUGCUUUAUUAGAUCUCAUCUAAACGUUGGUAAGGCAUUUAAAAAAGUGAAGAAGAAAACGUAUAAACUUCAGAGAACAAAAAAACCUUAAAAGAAGCGUUCAAAUGGCAACAAGGAUGGAGAAUGUUACCCCUGCUGUCAUGGGAAUGAACCAACACAGCAGGCAGCUUAAAGGCCAGCCUAAAAUAACCUCUCAAUUAGGACCCCAAACUGCACCCCAAGGCGCUCUACUUGGAAAAGAACAUGCAGGAACCCAGAAGCCAGCCAAUGCCUCUCAAGAAGGAACUGGCAUCAGGUUUGGUGAUGACUGGAAAAAGAGUCUAGAGCUCCCCCCUACGGACAACAGAGUCAGAACUUCUGAUGUCACUGCCACAAAAGGAAAUGAGUUUGAGGACUACUGCUUGAAGAGAGAGCUACUGAUGGGCAUCUUUGAGAUGGGCUGGGAAAAGCCCUCCCCCAUUCAGGAGGAGAGCAUCCCUAUUGCUCUCUCUGGCCGUGAUAUACUGGCUCGUGCCAAAAAUGGAACAGGAAAGAGUGGUGCGUACUUGAUUCCCCUGCUUGAGAGAAUUGACCUGAAAAAGGACUACAUUCAGGCCAUAGUGAUAGUUCCCACCCGUGAGCUCGCACUGCAGGUCAGUCAGAUCAGUAUUCAGAUUAGUAAGCACCUUGGAGGUGUCAAAGUCAUGGCAACCACAGGUGGGACCAACCUACGAGAUGACAUCAUGCGCCUGGAUGAGACUGUUCAUGUUGUUAUAGCAACACCAGGCCGUAUUUUGGACUUGAUUAGAAAGGGUGUGGCCAAAAUGGAUAAAGUUCAGAUAAUGGUUAUGGAUGAGGCCGAUAAGUUGCUUUCUCGGGACUUUGUAGUUAUUAUUGAGGACAUCAUUGGUUCCCUUGCAAAGAACAGACAGAUUCUACUUUAUUCGGCCACUUUUCCCAUCAGCGUACAGAAGUUCAUGGUGAAGCACCUGCAGAAGCCCUAUGAGAUUAAUCUGAUGGAAGAAUUAACUCUGAAGGGCAUUACCCAGUACUAUGCUUACGUCACAGAGAGACAGAAAGUGCACUGUCUCAACACACUGUUUUCCAAGUUGCAGAUCAAUCAGUCCAUCAUCUUCUGUAACUCUACUCAGAGAGUGGAACUUUUGGCCAAGAAGAUCACCCAGCUGGGCUACUCCUGCUUUUACAUUCAUGCAAAAAUGAUGCAGGAAUAUAGAAACCGUGUUUUCCAUGACUUCAGAAAUGGACUCUGCAGAAAUCUUGUCUGCACAGAUUUGUUCACUAGAGGCAUUGACAUCCAGGCAGUAAAUGUGGUCAUAAACUUUGACUUCCCCAAGAAUGCAGAGACAUAUCUGCAUCGCAUAGGACGCUCAGGAAGAUUUGGACAUUUGGGUUUGGCUGUCAAUCUCAUUACCGCUGAGGACCGCUUUAACAUGAAGGCCAUUGAGGACCAGCUGAUCACGGACAUCAAACCCAUUCCCAGCAGCAUUGAUAAGAGCCUGUAUGUGGCAGAGUUCCACUCUGUUAACCCUGACUGUGAGGUGGAAGCAGAGGAAGGAGAGACCCAUCGCCCUGGCAGAGAGCCUCAAGCCUCAUAUUCAACACAAUUUGAGCAGGACAAUAAGAGAAACUGAACCUGGCGUUUGCACAAACCAGUUACUGCUCCGCUAUUGUUUUCCCUCUGCAACUUGCCAAUGUUUUGUUCAUUUUUACAUUAAUUGUUCAUUGUUUUGAUCCUUGUGUCUGUCAGAAUUUGUAGUAUGCUUUGCACCAGAGACCAAGACUGACUUAUACCUCCUAUAUGAAUGACCACGCACAUUCCAGUUGGUCCAAUUGAGACUUGCAAUAAAAACCUAUUCAGAUAAGUGUUCCUGUUUGAUAGGAUAAAUAGGGCAUUUUUGAAAAUAUAGAGUUGCAUGGAUGCAUCAUUAGUGUGUGCAAAUGGUGCAGACCAUUCACUCACUCUAAGAAUUUAAGCAACGCAUCAGUCUUUAUGAGACAGUCUCCCCGUACUUUGUCACACACACAAGAGCAAAGUGUUUUUAACCCAAGUGCCUUAAUAUGUCGCCUCUGUCUUCGAUUCAUAUGUAUUUCUGGAUGUAUAAGUAUUUUUAAAGGCUAAAAGGCAGACACAUUGAUGCUACUUGAUUCUAUGAAUGAAUCAUUAGUAUUUAUUCCAACAAGAGGAGCGUUUUCAAAGGUGUCAAGUUGUCAACUGUGUAAACUGAUAGGAAACAUGGAAGGUAAACAGUGAUGGUUUCUGUACAAAUGGGCACUCCUAAAUCUGUAAGAACUUGUAGUUAUACUGCAUUAAAUUUAUAAAGGUCCAGUGCAGUUGUUUUUAUAUAGUGAGAGGUGUUUUUAAAAAAAAAAAAAAUUUAUAUAUAAUUUUGAAAACAUUCUUAUAAAGUUUAGCAAUACAGAGGUGAGAUAUUACCAAUUUAACAGGGUCAUGACAAAAAGCAUGGCAUAAUGUGAAAUACACCAGACUACUACUAGAAAAUGUAAUAAUGUAUUGAAACUCACCACAAAUAAAAAUCAAUUCAUGACAAGGAUGACAGAAGCCUGAAUGUCAUCAUAGAUUGUCAUAAACAGUCCUUAAAGAAAUGCACAACUACAUCAAAAGAUUCCUCAAAAUGGGCCGUUUGGUUGAUUUCAGUUAAAGAUUGCUGAGAAGACACCAAAUUUAAAAGGUUAGUCAAGUGCUCUGUGCAAAGCAUUUGGACUGAUAUUGAAACGUUCUUUCAUACCAAAAGACUUGAGCUAACUACACAUUUGGAAUUUGUAUUUUCUGAAAAUGUUAUUCUUUUACCAUUUGCAUUUAUUUCGAUAUGAAUGGAUGUAUAAAAUUGGUUAAUGAAUGAACUCAUGACAUUUAUAUUUCUAGAUAUUUGAAUUGCCAAAAUGUUUGCUUUCACCUUCUACUGAAUUUUGCAUUUGAUCCAUACUGUCUAUUCUAUUUUUUGAGUAACUUUCCUCUUAAUGUCAAAAAGCCUUUCUUUCAUCUCCUUUUGGAUGCUUGUAAUGGCUUUUUGUAAUCCAGUGUUGCAUUUAUAAAAGUGAUGUUUUUUUUUCAGAUCAGACUUUUUAUUAGAUUUUUUUUUAGUAUAGCAAAAUUGUAGCAUCUUCUAAGUGGCAGCUGUGAUAUUUUUCCAAGAGAUGUUCCUUUUAUUGAAACCAGUGGAAAAAAAUAUUUUUGGCCAUUUUUUUUGUCAGUUUCCUUUAGUGCAGAAAACUCUGUUUACAUUUAGCUAUUAAUGAGCAUUUCCAAGUUAAAUUAGGAGACAUUGAGCCAGACUAAAAAUCUCUGAGGAUAUUGUUUUUUUGAAACAUGUGUUUCUACAAGGCAUAUACAAAUUUUGCAUAAUUUUGAAACUUCAAAACUUUCAUUUGUACUUUAAUGGAGUUAAAUUCUUUAAGCAUCCAGUUGUUGUUUUUUUGCUGUUGUUUAUGGUGAGCAUGUUUCGGGGGGGGGGGGUUACUGCAAUUAAAAUAAGUUUAAAAAACAGCAGGAGACAUGGGUGUGAUAGGGAGGCCGAUUUUGUGGGACAGAUUAUUUUUUAUCUAAUGCUGAAUUUCAGGACAAAUACUGAAGCAAAACCAAAAAUAUAUUUCUUGAGUGUGCAUGUGUGCAUAAUUUUUGGGUGGGUGUACAUGUCAGUUACUCUGAUUGAUGGAAGAAUGCUUUUGUGUGCGUGCGUGCGUGCGUGGGGGGGGGGGGCGUCUGAUUUGAGAAUAAUACUGUCAUGUUUGUUUUUGUAUCUAAUGUUCAUUUUCUUUAAAUAGCUUGAGGGUUAUAGUUUGUAUUGUGGUAUGGAAGAGAAUGUGUGUACCAUAAGUUCAGUAUAUUCAUAUCAGAUGUUGCCGUUAAAGUGAAGAACUGAGCCAUUACCUUGAUCAAAACAUCACAGACCACAUAAAUUGGUUUAAGUAACCAUGCACCGGGGGAUGUAUUUGCAUCCAAAACAUUAUUUCUUAUAUUUUAUGUACAGAGGCAGCUCCUUUGCUCUAAAAAUGGUUAACUGUUUCCUAUAAAAAAUUAUUGUUGCACCACCAAUGUAUAUCGUUAGUAAAGAAUACAAAUAUUUUCAAUUAAAUAUCAUUCUUAAUCAAAAUAUUAUGUUCUAUUUAGCAUGAUUUCUUUUUCUGAUUUGACUUGUUCAAUAACAAAAUUAUAGUGAGAAAUCAAAUGUUCAGAAAUCUUUUGUAUGUCGAAAUCCGUACAUCUUUGACCAUUAAUAUGUUUUCUGUUUCUAUGUAUUUUUAUAUCUGCCUCAACUGGGGAAGAGAGAAGAAAUGUGCUUCUUGAUAUGCUCUGAACUUAGCUGUAAUGUCUUUGCUUGGUUGGUCCACCCUGUGCUUCCAGUCAUUUUAUUCCCAUGUUACUGCUGUUUACCUAAUUCUAUGCAACACUGCUGCUCAUUAAAGCAUAGUUUUGCAAUGAAAAUCCAAUUGGAAAUUGCAGCAGUCACCUAGUCCUGGGUUGCCACCAUUUUUUGAUUGGAUUUGAUGAUGAUAAAUGUUACCAUGUGGUCUGUGGACCAUCAUCAGUUUAUUAUUUGUUUAAUAAAAAAAGAAAGAA